AUGUCCGAGUCUCCCAGAUCCGAGCGGUACACGUACCUGACCCGGUACAGUACACCGGUCCCCGAACUGGACGAUCACCGUCACCAAAUGCAGACGCCGCCGCGCAUUGCGACCCCCAUUGAGCGGUCUUACAGCCCUCACAAUAUGCAGGGCCCGGUUGAAUAUGUCGAGCGUCCUGACUUGCUCAACGCGCAAGAUGCUUUGAGAGACGGUCCCGUCUUCCGAGACUUUGAAAACACUGUCAUUGACGAUGACCGAUCCAAUGACAUAAAUGGAAUUCCUCGACGCUUUUCGGUCGACCCCGCUGCCAAUUACCAAACACCUCGUCGCAUCAGCAUUGUGAACCAGGAUCUCGCCAAUGCUUCUUGCACCUCGUCCGUCUCCGCUCGCUCUUCUUCUCCCCCCAAUUCCGUCGAGGCUUUCGCCGACCCUCGUCGCCGUGAGCGCGCCAAUACCCUGGACAGCAUUGCGCCUCCCGAUCUCGAAGCGAUCCUGCAGCGCACCGUCUCCGGUGGCACGAACAACCGUCGCCCAACAUUUAGCAACGCUAGUGCCGUUCGACCUCAGCUGGGCGAUGUGCCAUUCGACACGGAGGAAGCAUGCUUUGACGAGCCAGGCCGUCCACCUAUAAUCGGUCGGCUUCCCGUGAUUGACUAUGAGGAGUUGGAGGAGUUUGUGGCUAUCACUCAAAACACCAAGCCAGCCGGCUACCGCAAGCAUAGCAUGAGCUCGCAGAGCAAGAAGCCACGGAUUUUCUGCGAUCUCCGCCCCGGUGCGGAAAGCCCCGAGGUGGGUGAAAUCAAGAAGACCAAUUCGUCCGACUCGGAAGACGAGAAGCGUCCCAAGGUCACGAAUGGGAAGGAGCUAGUUCAGAUCCUUCAGAAUGCCAACGAACCCACUCGUUUUGGCUUCUUUUCCUCUGAAUCUCAAACUACCGUGCACGCCGCCGAUCUGGGCGAUCUCAUCUUGCCCGGCGAAACUUUCCGCGAUCUCUUCGAGCUUGGCCCCGAGGGGGGUGUCUGGUGGCUCGAUGUUGUGAACCCCACGGACGACGAACUUGGUGCGAUCUCGCGCGCCUUCAACAUUCACCCGCUGACAACGGAGGAUAUUCAAACGCAAGAAGCGCGCGAGAAAGUCGAACUCUUCAAGCAGUACUAUUUUGUCUGUUUCCGGACUUUCUUCCAACAAGAUAAAACUAGCGAGGAGUUCCUCGAGCCCGUCAACUUUUACAUGGUUGUUUUCCGCGACGGGGUUCUGACCUUCUCCUUCGUCGACAACCCUCACGCCUCGAACGUUCGCAAGCGAAUCGGCAAACUCCGCGACUACGUCUCUCUAUCCAGUGACUGGAUCUGUUAUGCCAUGAUCGACGACAUCGUCGAUAGCUUUGGGCCUGUGAUCCGCGACGUGGAGCUGGAGUCUGAAGCAAUUGAAGACCACGUCUUCAUUGCUCGAGUCGACGAUUUUGAAUCCUUCCUUCCCCGAAUCGGAGGUCUACGUAAGAAAGUCAUGAGUCUUAUGCGUUUGCUUGGCGGAAAAGCGGAUGUUAUUCGGGGUUUCUCGAAGCGGUGCAAUGAGCAGUACUCUAUGACACCGCGUGGUGACAUUGGUCUCUACUUGGGUGAUAUCCAGGAUCACGUUGUGACCAUGAUGUCGAACCUGGCUCACUUUGAGAAGAUGCUGAGCCGUUCGCAUACCAAUUAUUUGGCCCAGUUAAACGUUACCAACCUGGUGCUUGGUAACCAUGUCAACAAGGUGCUGAGCAAAGUCACUUUGAUCGCCACCAUCCUGGUCCCCAUGAAUUUGAUCUGUGGUUUGUUUGGUAUGAACGUUAAUGUCCCUGGAAAGGAUACUCCAGGACUUGGCUGGUUCUUUGGUAUUCUUGGGGUGAUGGGCUUGAUUGUGGCUGUUAGCAUGGGCCUUGCUCGCUGGCAGAAGCUGGUCUGA